AUGUCGACGCCCGCUACAUCAGCCCACGACGGCCAGUCGGGCACCUUCCCGGACCUGCAGAAGCUGCUCAGCCGGACGGGGCCGAUGGCCAACGUCGGAAACUACGGCACGAUCUUUGACCCGCCGCUGCCCUUUGAGCCGUCGCCCGAGAUCCUCUCGUUCAUGCAGCAGCACGCGCGCGUGCUCGUGGUCGGCGCGGGCGGACUGGGCUGCGAGCUCCUCAAGGACCUCGCGCUCUCCGGCUUUGGCAAGAUUGACGUCAUCGACAUGGACACGAUCGACGUCUCGAACCUCAACCGGCAGUUCCUCUUCCGCAAGGCCGACGUCGGGCGGCCAAAAUCGACCGUCGCCGCGGAGUUCAUCAUGAAGCGCGUCUCCGGCGUCACCGUGGAGGCGCACUUCUGUCCGAUCCAAGACAAGCCCGCCGACUGGUACCGCCAGUUCCAGGUCAUCGUGAUGGGGCUCGACUCGAUCGAGGCUCGACGGUGGCUCAAUGCGAUGGCGUGCUCUCUGGUGACCUUCGAGGUCGACAUGGAGACGGGGCAGCGCAAGCCCGACCUCACCUCGGUCAUCCCCCUUGUCGACGGCGGCACCGAGGGCUUCUCGGGGCACGCGCUUGCGCAUCCCCUCCCCCCCCCCCUGCGACAUGUCCACGACGUGCACGUGCGCGUCAUGUACCCGUGCGUGUCUGGCUGCUUCGAGUGCACCCUCAACCUCUUCCCGCCGCAGCAAGCCGUGCCGCUCUGCACGAUCGCAGAGACGCCUCGCAACGCGGCGCACUGCAUCCUCGCGCGCUGGCCGCGGCUGCGUGGCAGGUACGCGCACCUGAUCGAGGCGCCAAAGCAGUUUGGCGACGAGAAGCAGGACAAGGACGACCCCGCCUACCAGCAGUGGGAGCGCGCGGCGCAGUUCAACAUCCCGGGCGUCACGCUGAUGCACACGCAGGGCGUCAUCAAGAACAUCAUCCCCGCGAUCGCCUCCACCAACGCCAUCGUCGCCGCCGCGUGCGCCAAUGAGGUGCUCACCAAUUGCGCGGCGUACGUCAACAACAACUUGAUGUACAUCGGCGGGCAGGGCGUCUACGCGCCAACCUUCCGGUACGAGCGGAGCCCCGAGUGCAUCGUCUGCGGCGCGGGCGUGCAGGUCGAGAUCGCGGGCUCGGCGACCCUCACCCAGCUGCUCGAGCAGCUCGCCGCGGACCCUCGCCUCCGCCUCAAGACGCCGUCGCUGCGGUGCGAGGCGGGCGCGCUGCAGGACGACCCGACUCUGUACAUGCGCGGCGUGCUCGAGGCGGAGUACCGACCCAACCUCGACAAGCCGCUCUCGCAGCUCUUCGCUGACGGCUCCGUCCUCCUCGUCACCGACCCGAGCGUGCCCUCGCCCUGCAUCAAGGUCGCCGUCAAGUUCGCCUCCCUCGCGCUCUCCUGAGGUCCGCCGCCGCGGUUGCGCAGAGGCCGCUCUGGAAGGUGCGAUUGCUCAGUUGACCGCUUUGAGGGUCCGCCGCCUUCUCUGGCCACUCCGCUGGCGUGCUCCAGCCUCCGCCACCGGUCGGCUUGCCCCAUCCCCCUGCCACAGAGGCGAAACGAUGGCAACCACAUACACAGCUCUACGUGAAGAGUUCCUACAGCGUUCUGGGCGCGCGGCUCUUUUGCUGGUCUCGCAAAUUGUUUCUCUCUUCUCUUC